GCCGGACCCAUAGAACUGGUCGUAAACUUCUUCACUCCUAUCGAUCCGACAGAUCUCAAGCGUCUGUCACUUCCGGCCUCUUAUAUAUCAAUGAGCGCCCGAUCUGUGGAUCAGAAGACACAUGAAGUCCAGGUAUAUCUCGAUAUGUCCGGAGAAUGGGUCGCCGCAGACGCUAAUCAAGUGGUGGAGUGGGAUGUCAUGGAAGUGAAGGGCAAAACAAAUCUAAUUAAUGGUAACUUUAGACUCAAAGAUCAAAAAGAAUUUGCAGAAAAUAGAGAUUUAGCCCAAUGGGGAACUAUGAAGUUUUUCACUGACUCGGCCGCCACUCAUGAGGCUAAUCCCUGUAAAACAAUGCGCCAAAAGUUUGUAAAAACCGGUAAACUCGACAAUACUGUAAACAAGAAUUACCGCAAAGCAUCAGACAAUUGGCCGGGCAUUGGGUUCGCGCGGAAACUGACCGCCGGUAAUACUCAUACGGCGGCGAACACUGUCAUAAUGCCGCAGCGAGUGCAGUCUGCUGGCCGAGAGGACGCCCUCCGAAGAGCCACAGCUUUGGACAAACAUAUUGUGACCGACGCUCAGGCGGUCGGCGGCGAGAGUUAUGUUAAGGUUGUGUCCGCAGCGCUCAGACAGGCUUAUGGAGGAAUUGAAAUGGUUGGCACAGUUAACAAACCGUGGAUGAUGUUGAAAGAGAUCUCAUCCGAUGGCAACUGUCAGACAGUGGACGUGAUUUACCCCCACUUUCCCGUCCAGUUAUAUUUCAAUCCAACGCUUUUGAAAUACCUUUUGGAUCCAUUGCUCGACAAUCAAGAAAAAGGAUUUUUCCCAUUGAAGUAUUGUAUGCAUGACUUGGGAUCUAAUUAUCCCAAAUGUAUUGGACAUCAAGACGGGCACCAGGAGGACAUGGAGGUCGAGGAGAGCGCCAAUAUGUUGAUCAUGAUGUCAGCCUAUGUCAGGGCAGUCAAUGACACAGAGUUUGCUAAAAAGCACUACAAAAUUGCCAAACAGUGGACACAGUAUUUGGUCGAUCACGGGUUGAUUACAGGAAAUGCUUUGACAACCGACGACUUUUUGGGUAAAAUUGUAAACUCAACAAACCUUUCGGCAAAAGCUAUUGUAGGCAUCGGAGCGAUGGCACAGUUGGCUGAAGUGACCGGCAAUGAGGCGGACAGACAACACUAUAGACAAACGGCCGAGAAAUAUGUAACCGAAUGGAUCCGUUUGGGUGAAGACCCGUCCAAUAAACACAUGAAACUGAGCUAUAAUAAGGCCAACACGUGGUUUAUGAUCUAUAACUUAUACGCCGAUGUCCUGUUAAAUACCAAAUUAGUACCCGAAUCGAUUUACAAACAACAGGACGAGUGGUACCAACAGGUGAUGAAUGUCUACGGCCUGCCAUUAGAGAGCGGCCAACCGGACACAAAGUAUGAUUGGAUUAUGUUUACGGCCGCCUCGUCUACGAACACAAAACUGCGGCAAUCAUUGUUCGAUCGGACGGCCAAAUGGUUGCGCGAAACGCCGACUCGAGUGCCCUUUUCUGACUGCGUGAACACCAUUACCGGCGCUUCGCCUCGUUUUUUGAAUCGCCCCGUAAUUGGAGGUGUAUUCGCGCCGUUGACUAUUAAACACUAACCAUACUAUGAA